GCUGAAGAUGUCUGUGGUGUCUCUGAGUGCCAUGAAGUUGGACUUAAUUUCCUCGCUUUAUUUGGAUUUGCUGUGGAACAGUGUGCGAAAAUAUCUUAAUUGAGGACUAACUGCUGCAGACCUAUUUCCGAUGGUUUCGUGGUGUGGGCAGUGUAGCAAUACGACGAUUUUAUUUCUUGCUUCGGUCUUAAUUUUGUGUGAGUCGCCCACAAGAAAUACAAGAGCAUAAUAAAAGUAACGGUGGUGAGAUCCAACCAUGUGAAAAUAAAUAAUUAUUUGUAUUUUAGAUACUGUUUGUAUAAGGUAAAAGUUUCUAUUAAUGGAUUUCCAGUGGUGAACGAGUGACAAAAAAAAUCGGAUAAAAUGAAUAAAUUUUAUGCGAUUUUUAUGCUAAUCAUUCUGAUCGCCCUCACAGUUGAGCCGGGUCAUGGUAUAAGGUGCUACAACUGCGAUUCGACCAGCAAGGAGGACUGCACGGAAAUAAGGAAAAACACCGGAAUCGUGGCGGAGACGUGCACUCCAAGCCUGAUGGCGUCGACAACAGGCAAUUGGCUGGCGGAUUUGACCCGGAUUGAGUACUUUGGUGGAGCGGAGAUUACCGUACCGAUGGUUUGUCAGAAGAUUGUAGCUACUAAUGAGAAUGGUGACUCAAUGACCUAUCGUGGCUGUCAGUUGGACGGAGGCAAAACAGAUCCCUGUCAGAUUGCGUUUGGCAAGGCAAAGCUUCAGCCAGGAGUCAGUAUCGAGCACUGUUCGAUCUGUAAGGACGAUGAAUGCAACGGUGCCUUCAGCCCGGUCCUGGGAAGCCGCACAACACUUGCCCUUGCCACGGCAACCAGCUUGCUGGUUAUUGUUUUUACCAAUAGAAUACUGUUAUAAGGUUGUAUCACCAUGCUUGUGGUAGACGAUCGUUAUAUGUUCCAAUAACUUUAGAGAAUAGAUCGUUUUUUUAUAACAUACAAUGAUAUUAACGUUUAGCAAAUAAAUUAUAACAAUGCGUAACGCUAGACAAAACUUACUGUGUAAAUAACUAACUAUUAGAGUGUAGAUUUGCUUGAUAUUAAUAUUCUAGCCGAUACGGUUAUUGCAGCGUUCAUGAAUGUCUUUAGAACUUCAAUACUAUUUAUAAGUAAACAAAAAAGCAUCACUGGUGAAGUAAACGAUAAACAAGCCUAAUUAGGGUUAAACGAAUAUUCAUGAUAUUAUUGUGAUUAACGAAGUCACAUCGUAAACACGUCACGUUUAUACUUUAAUAUAGAUGAUAAUCCGAUAAAUAUAUUCACGCAUAUGCCUUCAUUGUAAACCCAUAAUGGGAAUUGUACAUUUUGUUUUUCGUUAAGACAACUCGUUCGGUACAUGGUGUAAACUGAAAACACAUGCAAAUGCUAAAAUGGUGAUUUGAAAACGCUACAACUAAAUACAUGAAAUCAUUUCUCGUUAGAAAGAAUACUGUUUGUAUCAUACGCAUAACCAAUAAAUGAACUUAACUGUACUAAAUAUUAUAAGACUUACAAAUAAUCUAAAGUGCUCGAAAAAUUUAAAACUGAAAAUAAUAAACGCAGACCCAUAUCUUACGAUCAGAGUCAAUGUCAAACUUUUAAAAUACAUCUUAAAUCAAAAUACAUCUCAACAAUACAGUUUACAAAUCCAUUAAUUUCAUCUUUGCACUUGCAUAAAACUCUGUUCUGCUAUUGAAUUAAGCAUUGAAAUCAAAGCCAGAAUAAAAAAUCUAUUGUUAACCUCUAAUCAAAACCAGUUUCUCAUUGAAUUUUCAAACAUAAUUGCACUAAAACGGAAUUCUAGACUCAAUCAACUACAAUAGACGAUAAGGAAUUAUUUUAAAGUUCUACUUUUUCAUCGAAAUUUCUAAACGAGCAGCAAACAGCACUACUUUAUAAAACUAUAUUGAAAAUAUGCAAUAUGAAAGAAUAGCAACAUUCGACAAAUAAUGGAAUAAUGGUUAGUGAACAUAGAACGAAGCAAAAGUAGGCAAAUUAAGUAAAGUGGAGGAGUAAGCAAAUCUUGACGUAGGACUAACAAAAGUAGCAGGCAUAGCAUGCGUCACAAGUGAAUUAUCGUAAUGAAUUUAUUUCCAUAAAUAGAAAAAAUCAAAGCUGUAACAAUCCCAAAACAACAUCACAGUCGAGAAAAAAUAAAACGAACCAAUUUCCCUUCUUACCAAUCCGAUAAAGAAAGCCAGGCAACGUAACACGACACCUACAACCAAAGUCAGUUGUAGUGAGAAUGAUACCCAGAAGUGUACUCACUGCACGUUUACCAAAGUGUAAGACCACUGCUAUAACAACAAUAAAAACAGGAAAAAAGCACACCAAA